AUGCCCGUAGACGGCACUCAAGGCUGUAUCCGGGCAUUUACGCAGCUCAAGUCUCAAUACCCCAAGAUCAAAGUUAUCUUGUCCGUUGGGGGAGGGGGCAAGGGAAGCGAAAACUUCGCUGGCGUGGCACGCAGCCAAGUCGGCGUGGAGACGUUUGCGCGGACGGCCAGACAACUGGUGGAUCAGUUCGGUCUAGACGGCAUUGACGUGGAUUGGGAGCACCCAGCAAAUCCCCAGCAGGGGCUUGACUACGUGCGUCUUCUGGCGCGCCUGCGGGAAUUUCUACCUGCUCCACGAUAUGUAUUGGCAACAUGCCUCCCCGCGGGCCAAUGGGCGCUCCGAAACAUUGAUCUAUCCAAAGCUCAGAUGUAUCUUGAACUAAUCAACGUCAUGACGUAUGACUUUUCCGGUCCCUGGACGAACGAGUCGGGCCACCACGCGCAACUCUACAGUCCUUCUCGGAACCCAGGCGCUAUCUCAUGCCAUUCGGCGGUGUCAUAUAUCCUCUCCCAAGGGGUCGACCCCAAGAAACUUCUUCUAGGAAUUCCAGCGUAUGGUCGGUCAUUCCUGGAUAGUAGCAAGCCUGGACAGCGUUACGCCGGCUGCGGUGGAGAGGAUGGGGUAUUCGAUUACAAUGCCCUGCCUCGACCGGGGGCAAAAGAGUGCCACGACGACAAGCUCGGGGCGGCAUACUGUUCUGGUGGUGACGGCGGGUUUGUGACAUACGACACGCCACGAACAGUGCAGCAGAAGGCCCGGUUUGUGACUAAAUCCAAACUCGGGGGAUUGUUUUACUGGCAUAUUGGAGGAGAUGCACAGGGACCUCGAAGUUUGAUUGAAACUGGAUAUAACACUCUUCACGAAAUGUAA